AUGUUUAUCAAAGAGGUAAACAUCACUGGGUUUCGAAGUUAUCGGGAAAACACAACCAUCGACAGCUUCUCGCCGAAACACAAUGUGAUUGUUGGACGCAACGGAUCUGGAAAGUCCAACUUUUUCUUCGCCAUCCAGUUUGUUCUAUCGGAGGAGUUUGCACAUCUACGCCCAGAGCAACGAAUGAGUGUUAUUCAUGAAGGAACUGGACCACGAAUUUCAAGCGCACGAGUGGAAAUCGUCUUUGACAACUCGGAUCGCCGAAUUCCAGCUAUUGAAACAAACGAAGUUCGAGUCGUAAGGCAAAUUGCACAAAAGAAGGACCAGUACUAUAUUGAUGGAAAGCUUGUGCCGAGAGCUGAAGUGGUCAAUCUCAUGGAGUCAGCUGGAUUCUCACGUUCAAACCCGUACUACAUCGUCAAACAAGGAAAAAUUAAUGAACUUGCAACGGCACCUGACGCACAACGCUUAAAGCUUUUGAAAGAGGUGGCUGGUACUCGGGUUUAUGAUGAACGAAAAGAAGAAAGCUUAAAGAUUCUCAAAGAAACAAGUUCAAAAGUCAAGAAGAUUGAGGACCUUUUAAACUACAUCGAUGAGCGAUUGAAUACAUUGGAAUCGGAGAAAGAAGAUUUGAAAGAGUACCAAAAGUGGGACAAACAGAAAAGAUCCAUCGAAUAUACCAUGUACGAUGUUGAAAUUCGAGAAGCACGAAAAAAACUGGAUCAUCUUGCUGAACAAAGGGAAGAUUUGAAUCAACGGCAAAAUAAGGUUAGCUCCGAUCUGAUGGAUGUGCAAAGUCGUGGAAUGAAAGCUUCUGGGGAGCAGCGCAAACUCGAAUCACGUUUCAAAGGGAUGAAGGAAGAAAAGGAGUCUCUGCUACAAGAACGCGCUCAGCUUUUUGAAAAGCGAACAGCAUUAGAGCUCAAAAUCAAGGAUCUGAAAGAAGACGUGGAAAAAGAACGUUCUGGUCGAUCAAGAGCAGAGGGUGAACUAGAAAAACUGAAAGCUGAAAUUGCCGAAAAACAAGAAGAACUUGAGUCGAUUGUUCCCGCUUAUGAGAAAUUGCUUGAAUCUGAAGAACGCCUGAAGUCGGAUGUUCGAAUUGCAGAAAAUCGUUUGAAGGAAUUACUCUUAAAGCAAGGUCAUGGUCAUCAAUUUAAGUCGGUCGCUGAAAGAGACGACUUUUUGAAAAAAGAAAUUCGCUUCGUGAGGUCCCAGCUACGAGAUACUGAAGAGCAAAUGCAAACGAUUGAACGUAGCCUAGAAGAAGAAGCAAGUGAUGAACAAGGAGUCAACGAUCAAAUUAGAAAUAUUGGUUUGCAACUUGAGGAUACAAUCAGUGAAUUAGAGACGACCAACACCGCUUAUGCUCGGCUUCGGAAAGACUUUGAUAAGGCUGUCUACGCUCAUUUGGAGUCCGGAAGAGCUGAGCGAGAGAAACGCGAACAUGUGGAUCAAUUGAAAGCUGAUUUGCAACAUCAGGAGAAUACGUUACGAGGAUUGACCAACAAACCAGCUGUGAAUGGGAUGGAAAGCGUCCGAAAAGUUUUACAAUGGUUUCGCGAAAAUAACACUAAUGGCAAAUACGAUGAUGUUACUAACGGAUAUUAUGGUACUUUGAUUGAACUAAUCGAAUGCGAUCCGGUCUAUUAUCAGGCCAUUGAAGUCACCGCUGCUGGAAGACUCUUUUAUCACGUAGUGUCCGAUGAUCGUGUUGCUAUGAAAAUUUUGAAUAAGAUAAAUUAUAUGAACUUGCCCGGAACGAUUGAUUUCUUUCCACUUUUGCGCCUGACCAGCCCGCAUAGACGAAGCACAAAUGACCCAGACGCACGCCCAAUGAUUGACUGCCUGAAUUACGAUUCAAAGUUCGAAACGGCUUUUCGCCAAGUUUUUGCAGCAACAGUCAUUGUGCGCACGAUGCAAGUGGGUCAGAGAAUGGCAAAAAACGAGGGAUUCGAUGCAGUGACCCUUGAAGGAGAUCAGAUUUCACGCCGAGGUGCUCUGACUGGAGGAUAUAUCGAUCGUAAGAAGUCAAAACUUGAGAUUUUCAAUUCCAUCAAAGAGAUGAAGCAGCAAUUGGAAGAUGCUUCAGUCGAGUUGGAAAAGCUGACGCGAAAUGUCACCCACAAGCAACAGGAAGUAGAGAAAAUUCGAAUGGAAAUGGAAAAAGUGGAAUUGGAUCUUCGGCGCUUAAAGGACCAACAUCGUGAUUUGAGCGAGCGACGCAAGUUUGCUAAUGAACAAUUGGGAAGCAACACUCGAAAUACCGAUCAGAAAAAAAGCCAACUUCUGGUGCUAAAGAAUCGCAUUCGCGAACUGCAAGAUAAGAAAGCAACCAUUUCGUCAGAGCUCGAGCAACCAAUGCAAAGUCAAUUGACUGGUGACGAGCAGAAACAGAUGGAUGGAUUUCAGAACCAAUCCAAAACUCUGCGUGUUCAACUGGAGAAGGUGACUCACGACCGUGUCGACAUGGAAGCGAAAAAAGCAAGAAUUGAAAACUUGCUUCAAACAAAUCUUGUUCGCAAACGCGACAAUCUAAGCUCGAAAGUUGGCGACAUAUCCGUUGACGAGAAGCGACACAAUCUCGAAAACGACAACUCGGAAUUAGCAAGUGUGAUUUCCCGUCAAACAGAGAUCAAUCGAAUCAUUGAUGAAUUGGACCGCGAUUUGAAAGAGUAUGAAGAGGCAGCCGAAAAGUUGACGCGGGAAAUUGAUGACGUUCAAGAACAACAGAAGGACCUUGAGCAACAAAUGGCGGAGUUCUCGAAACAAGUGGAAAUGAUUUUCACUAAGCAAAGCACACUUUACACUAAACGCGAAGAAAGUGUUAAAAAGAUUCGGGACUUGGGUUCGCUACCUACUGAAGCUUUCAGCAAAUACCAAAACUUGACUUCAAAGCAAUUGGAUAAGAAGCUUAGUGAAGCACUUAACGAACUGAAGAAGUACGAAAAUGUGAACAAGAAGGCUUUGGAUCAAUUUGUACAAGCGUCAUCUCAGAAAGAAGAUCUGACAAAGCGAAUGGAAGAACAACGCAAAAAUGAAAAGGCGAUUGAGAACUUAUUGGAUGUGCUGGAGAACAGGAAAUAUGAAGCAAUCUUAUUUACUUUUAAACAGGUGUCCAAGAACUUUAAAGAUGUCUUCUCAAAAUUAGUUCCAGGAGGAAGAGGAGACCUUGUCAUGCAAAUGAAUAGCCAAGAAACUGAUGAAGCUGAUCGACAAAAGAGCACAGUAGAAAACUUUACAGGAGUUAGCAUCAGAAUUUCAUUCACAUCAGACGCGGAAACACGGGAAAUGCAACAACUUUCUGGGGGUCAAAAGACAUUGGUGGCACUGGCCAUGAUUUUUGCAAUUCAAAAAUGUGACCCUGCUCCAUUUUAUCUGUUCGAUGAGAUUGAUGCUGCAUUGGAUCCGAUGCACCGUAAAGCUGUUGCAGAUAUGAUCCACGAGUUGUCUGAGAACGCCCAGUUUAUCACAACCACUUUCCGUCCAGAAUUACUUGCCUCGGCUGAAAAGUACUUCGGUGUAAUCUUCCGAAGCAAGGUGUCCCAUAUCGACUCCGUGCCUAGAGAUAAAGCAUAUGAUUUUGUUGAAGACGAUGCAACUCACGGA